UGGGUUUGGUAAUGGGUAAUGGGGAUUGGAUUAGAUUGGCGUUAUUGGAUUUAAGUAGGAGGAAGCGUACGUGUUUUUGUUGACUCACUUACACCUGACUUUACUGUUCAUUCAAAUUUGGAUUGUUGUUGAGUCACCUAAUAAGUUUAUAAUAUGUUAGGUUAUAAUGAUGAGUAUGUUUUUGUAAAUGGAACAAAUGCAAAGUUAGAAUAAAAUAUCUUAGUGAUUCUAAGUUGAACAUUAGACUGAUCGAAUACAUUAAAAUAAUUAGCAAAUCCUUGGAAUAAACAGUUUAACCAAUAAAAUAUCGAAACUUCAAGAUAGCUAAAGGAAAUAACAAUCUGAAAGUAUUACAAUUAUUUUGUUUGCGUUUUUCAGUAUCUAAAUAUGUCAACCAAUAAAAAGGAGAAAAAGAAAUCAAGCUAUGAAGCGAAGAAAGGUACGAAGAGAAGUCGAAUGGGCUGCCUCCGUUGGAUGCUCUGGUUGAUCCAUUAUAUCUUGGACUCUCUGGUGGACUUCAUCUUCAAAUUCAUAUACGAUGAUGCCAACCGGAAAUUGUUGAUACCAGUCAAACAUUCUUUCCUGGUCGAGAGUGCUACUGGUCUGGCUGAAAAAAUUAGGAAUAAAGAGCUCUCGUCGGAGAAGUUGGUCCAGGCCUGCAUAGAUCGUAUAGUGGAGGUGAACGCAGACCUCAACUGUGUAGUAGACUCCAGGUUCCAGGAGGCACUGGCAGAAGCUCGGGGUGUGGACCAAUUCCUAGAGUCUACAUCUCUAUCAGUUGACGAGCUCCGACGUGACAAACCCUUUCUCGGAGUCCCUUUCACGUCCAAAGAGAGCACUCAUGCUUCAGGAAUGAAAAAUACAUUCGGCUUGGUAUCCCGAAGAGACUGCAAGGCGACGGUGGAUGCAGAGAUUGUGGUUAGAGUGAAGGCAGGGGGAGGGAUAUUGCUGGCCAUCACGAACGUGCCUGAGCUCAACCUGUGGCAAGAGACUCGCAACAACGUGUACGGUCAGACCAACAACCCCUUCAAUGUCAACAGGACUGCAGGUGGCUCCUCGGGCGGAGAGGCUGUGGCAAUUGCUGCUUGUGCAUCUCCGUUUGGCAUCGGAACCGACAUUGGCGGCUCAGCUAGGAUGCCUGGGUUCUUCUGUGGCAUUUACGGUCACAAGCCCACUACAGGGCUAAUCAGCACUAGGGGAAUGACAUUUCGCACUGGUCAAGAGAAAGAGAAAACUAUGGUCACAGCAGGCCCCAUGACUCGUUACGCUGCAGACAUCAUUCCCUUCCUCAAACUUCUGGUCGGAGACAAUGUCAGCAAGCUGAAACUGGACAAUAAGGUGGACAUGGCGUCUGUGCGGCUGAGCUACGUGGUAGAACCCGGGGACCUGCGGGUCAGUGCGGUUACCAAGGAGAUGAGGAGCAUCAUACUGCAGGCUGUGACACACCUGGAGCAGCAGUGUGGCUCUCAGGCCCAUCAGCUAAAUCUCCCAGGAUUUCGUUACAGCUACACUCUUUGGCGCUACUGGAUGAGUAAGGAGCCUGGUAACUUUGCCUUUGAUCUGGGAAAUAAAAAGCAUGAGGUUUCGUGGCUGAUGGAGUUACCCAAGAUGUUGAUGGGGCAGUCACAACACACACUUCCUGCAAUGUUGAAGCUGUUGGAGACGGCUGUGUUCCCGCCAGUUCCGGCUAAGUGGGCCGAAGAAGAAACCACUAAGCUGCGUGAAGCGCUUAUUGAGGAAUUGGGAGAUGAUGGGGUUCUGAUAUUUCCGAGUCAUCCGACCCCUGCUCAUCAUCAUUACGUGCCUUUCUUCCGACCGUACAACUUCGCUUACUGGGCCAUCAUCAACGUGUUGCACUUCCCUGCCACUCAGGUGCCGCUGGGCCUCAGUCGGGACGGCCUCCCUCUCGGCCUACAGGUUGUUGCCACUCCUUACAACGAUCAUCUGUGUAUCGCUGUCGCCAAGGAACUGGAGAAUGGCUUCGGUGGUUACGUGCCUCCUUGUGCUGUUGUCUCAUAUUACUUAUAACCAACAUGUCUGUACAGGUUGUGACCACUCCUUACAACGAUCAUCUGUGUAUCGCUGUCGCCAAGGAACUGGAGAAUGGCUUCGGUGGUUACGUGCCUCCUUGUGCUGUUGUCUCAUAUUACUUAUAACCAACAUGUCUGUACAGGUUGUUGCCACUCCUUACAACGAUCAUCUGUGUAUCGCUGUCGCCAAGGAACUGGAGAAUGGCUUCGGUGGUUACGUGCCUCCUUGUGCGGUUGUCUCAUAUUACUUAUAACCAAUAUGUCUGUACAGGUUGUUGCCACUCCUUACAACGAUCAUCUGUGUAUCGCUGUCGCCAAGGAACUGGAGAAUGGCUUCGGUGGUUACGUGCCUCCUUGUGCUGUUGUCUCAUAUUACUUAUAACCAACAUGUCUGUACAGGUUGUUGCCACUCCUUACAACGAUCAUCUGUGUAUCGCUGUCGCCAAGGAACUGGAGAAUGGCUUCGGUGGUUACGUGCCUCCUUGUGCUGUUGUCUCAUAUUACUUAUAACCAACAUGUCUGUACAGGUUGUUGCCACUCCUUACAACGAUCAUCUGUGUAUCGCUGUCGCCAAGGAACUGGAGAAUGGCUUCGGUGGUUACGUGCCUCCUUGUGCUGUUGUCUCAUAUUACUUAUAACCAACAUGUCUGUACAGGUUGUUGCCACUCCUUACAACGAUCAUCUGUGUAUCGCUGUCGCCAAGGAACUGGAGAAUGGCUUCGGUGGUUACGUGCCUCCUUGUGCUGUUGUCUCAUAUUACUUAUAACCAAUAUGUCUGUACAGGUUGUUGCCACUCCUUACAACGAUCAUCUGUGUAUCGCUGUCGCCAAGGAACUGGAGAAUGGCUUCGGUGGUUACGUGCCUCCUUGUGCUGUUGUCUCAUAUUACUUAUAACCAACAUGUCUGUACAGGUUGUUGCCACUCCUUACAACGAUCAUCUGUGUAUCGCUGUCGCCAAGGAACUGGAGAAUGGCUUCGGUGGUUACGUGCCUCCUUGUGCGGUUGUCUCAUAUUACUUAUAACCAACAUGUCUGUACAGGUUGUUGCCACUCCUUACAACGAUCAUCUGUGUAUCGCUGUCGCCAAGGAACUGGAGAAUGGCUUCGGUGGUUACGUGCCUCCUUGUGCGGUUGUCUCAUAUUACUUAUAACCAACAUGUCUGUACAGGUUGUUGCCACUCCUUACAACGAUCAUCUGUGUAUCGCUGUCGCCAAGGAACUGGAGAAUGGCUUCGGUGGUUACGUGCCUCCUUGUGCUGUUGUCUCAUAUUACUUAUAACCAACAUGUCUGUACAGGUUGUUGCCACUCCUUACAACGAUCAUCUGUGUAUCGCUGUCGCCAAGGAACUGGAGAAUGGCUUCGGUGGUUACGUGCCUCCUUGUGCUGUUGUCUCAUAACAAGUCAUUAUAAACAGUUUAAUCUUCUUUCUGGUGGGGGCAUAUCAUUGCUGUGAUACUAGGUAUUUGUAGAAGUGGUUACAGUAAUAUUUGUGUUUUCUGUUUGAGAAUAUUUAUUCUACAUUACUUUUAUAUCUCAGUAUUCCAAAUAUCUACUUAAUUGAAAGAAAUUUCAUAGAUGUUUUGAAACGUUGUGCUCAUAAAAACUAUUGUACUUUAAAAUGUAUUUUUUCUUUUUCCAAAACUUGUUAUAGUGUAAGAUCAUGAAUAUUAUGUAAGAUUUGUUUACAUAAAUAUUUUAAUAUUCUGUAUGAAAAUACUGAUGUAUGAACAUUUGUUCUCUGGUUAUUUAUAACAUCAAAUUUAUAUGUUGAUAAAAUGUUAUAUCUAUUUUGUAUUCUACUCUCUCAGGACAGUUGAUUGUGUUUCUAUCAUCACUUCAUUUAAUACUCUUACUGAUAAUCAUGCAGUCUGUUUUUUUUUUCGUAAUUUGGAUUUAAUUGUGAAGUAUCAUUGUGAUUUGUAAAAGACUUCUUACAUUCUAUAAAGGUUUAUUGUAAGAAAUAUUUUUAUGGUUUAUGGGAGCAAUAUGUAGAUUAAUUGUGUCAUUAUACUUGUGAAAUACACUAAUUGUGAUAUUUUGAAUUCCAUUUUCGCCAUUCCUGUUACAUUAUCUUUAUGAGAAAAUCAAGUUACUAUUACUAUUUAGAUGUAAGUACUAUCUUUCUGCAAUAUUUUCGUAUGUGCUCUGUUUUCACAUAAAUUCAGAAAAAAAUUCUUGUUUUUUUUCUGAAUGUUUUCUAAAUUUUUAUGAUGUUUCUCUUAGCUGUUAAAUCACAUGUUUAAAAAUGUGUAUUUAUUUAUGCAAAUUUGUAUUUACGUAUGUUAAUUUUGUUUGUUUGCUGUAUUACUUUGUAUUAUACCUUUUUGAAAAUGGCAAAUGCCGAAAUAUUAAAGGAUAUUUAUACCGAGAAGUCUAAUUAAUGUACACAUAUAUACACACAUAUAUAUAUAUAUAAAUAUUAAUAUUUAUUUAUUACAAAAAGCAAUAUAUAUCUUUUUAUAAACUAAUUUUAAGUUUUAAACAUUUUUAGAGUAAACCAAAUAGUUUAAGGA